UAUCAAGAUCAAGAUCAAGAAGAGUGACAACUGUAACGUGUUACCAAGAUCAAGACGUGUUAUCUGUCUGCAAAAUGUAAACAGUUGCUGCUGAGAGGGCCGCUGUAAUUGCUUGACUGUGUACUGCAAGAGUAAAGUGACAUGUGGAAAUGGCUGGUCCAUGGUGAUGCCUGAUACCAUAACAACCUUUACUUUAUCAGAACAUGGAGAGUAAGGUGUUUGAAGACAUCGUCCACCUGCUUCAAGGUGCUGAUUGGCUUUACAAUUAUCCCAUGACACAGGUCUUUACAAGAAACAUCUUUACUCAGAUGCCAGUGGAAUGGCAGAAAGCCUUGAAAGAUCUGCCUCUGGAUGUUUUGAAUGGUCUUCCUCAGUGCCUUACUCUGGAUCAAUGGCCAUUAUCACUCAGGGUGUUCUUACAAGAAUGUCAGAGACUGUCCUGUCUCAGCCCAGACUUAGGCCCACAAACCUUUGGUGGCAGCAGAAGAAACAGCAAUAGCAGUGAUAUCAGUGGCAGCAGUAGCAGCAACCUUCAAAUUCCCCAGGAACUCACCUAUGGCUUGACUGUUAAAAAGAAACAUGAAAUUACAACCUUACUGAAUAUAGUAAAGGAAAUGUUAGAUUUUACUGGAAGCAAACAUAUUUUGGACAUAGGAAGUGGAAAGGGUUACAUAGACUCAUGCAUUCACAGAAUCCUCCAUGCACAAGUACUUGGAGUUGAAGGUAAUUGUAAACUAAUGAGAAGUGCUGAAAAACAUCACUGGAAGCUUUAUGGACGCUGCAGAGGAAUAACUUUUUUAAAUUGGUAUUUAUCUGACAACACAGAGACUUUGUGUAGAGCAGAACAGCUUGUGUCUUAUCUAACUGAACUUGAUACUACUUGUUCAUGUCAAGCAAAUCCUAGACAAGGAACAUCCAGCACAAAAGAUGCCACCAAAACUGUUUCCUCUAGUAACAUAGAUGAAAUUGAGAGCAAGUCUUCUCCUGACAGCUUUACUGAUAAUGAAAACAGUGUGGGGAAUGGGAGUGUUUGUUCAGAAAAUAGAUGUGUACUUCUUGGCCUCCACGCGUGUGCAGAUCUCUCUCCUAUCAUCAUCAAAGUGUUCAGAGACUGUGUCCAGGCCUCUUCUCUGGUGUUGCUUUCCUGCUGCUAUCACAAGAUGAGUCUGGAUCCUAAAGCUGCAGAUGAGCUUGACAGUGACAAGCAGGAAUCUCUGAGCAAAGACAGUGAUGACACAAAAAGACAUGCUGUUGAGGGAGUUCCUCCUCAGAAUGAAGAAACAAUACCUGGGAAAAGUGAUUUCAUGAAUUUUCCCAUGAGUCAGUCCUUGCAAGAAAUAUUUAAACAAAAUAAUUUUCACAUGAGUGUUUUUGGCUUGAGACUUGGUGCACAAAAAUCAGGGCAGAAUUGGUGUACGGAAACUCUAGAGGACCAUGAGUACCACUCACGGAAUGUUGCCUAUCGUGGGAUUCUGGAAGCUGCUUGUGUUGAAGAAGGCCUCACCUUAAAAAAACUACGACGGCGCUGUGUGAGAAAAUCAGGCUUUGAAGACUUUAGUGAGUACAAAAGAAAUAUAUUUGAAAAUUAUGAGUUUCAAAAGAUUCAAUCAGAUGGAACAUCCAUGAAGUCUGUCCCCAAGUCAGAAAGUACUUUGAACAUGAAUGAAGACCAAAUUUUAGAGAGAAACACUCGUAUUUCAGCAACUUUAGAUACCUGUUUUGAAAAUCAUAAGCAUAAUUUUCCUUUAAUUGAGCCGCUGACUGGCCUACAGUUGGCCUUACAACCAGUCAUUGAAGUCAUGGUCCAAAUGGAUCGCUUGAUUUAUUUAAAAGAGUGUGGCUUCUCCAAAGUGUGGCUUGAAAAAGUCUUUGAUGCAGAAGUAUCACCAAGAAAUAUUGCUCUUUUAGCAGUCCGGUGAUACAUAGAAGUUUGUGGAGUUUGUAUAGCAAAUAGCAUAUAUGAAUGUAUAGUAUUAACUAACAAUUGUUGUAUAGCAAAUAGCAUAUAUGAAUGUAUAGUAUUAACUAGCAAUUGUUGUAAUAGAGUUUGUCAAUUUGAGAUGUCCCUUGAAGAGAGAUACCAGACUUUGUAUGGAUGUAAGAAUUAAACAAUUUGUGUAAUUUGACAAAUUUAUCACCAAAUAUAUAUAUUUAUAUUAUUUUUGCAGAUAUGUGCAUUUUUUUAUAUUAAUUUAUGCUGAAGGGUUCUUAUUCAUCUCACUCUAGGCUGUCUAAUCACUUUCACAGCACACAAGAAACUUAUUCGCUGUACAGUUCUGCAGUGAAGUGUGUGAUAAGGUUGCAUUUCUUCAGCUGUAGGGAGAGAUUUUACUGUGAAUGUAAUAUGUUAGCAUCUUGGUAGUGUACUGGUUAGUAUGCUUUGUUGACAGUUAAGAGAAGCAUAGUUUAAGUCUCCCUUGUAGGGAGACAGUAUACACAUGUCAUGUUGCUGGCCUUUUAAACAAAUGGAGUGAUUGUCACAAUAAGAAAGCAGAAUGCUCUGAAAUAAUUUGUUUUAUUUUGAAAUCAUAAUAUAUAUAUAUAUAUAUAUAUAUAUAUAUAUAUAUAUAUAUAUAUAUAUAUAUAUAUAUAUAUAUAUAUAUAUAUAUAUAUAAACAUAAUCAGUUGAAUCUUUAGACAAUCUAUGAUUGUAGUAGAACUUGAACAAUUUGUGCAGUUUGACAAAUUUAUCACCAAAUACUUCAUAUUAUUUUUGCAGGUAUGUGCAUUUUCUUAUAUUAAUUCAUGCUGAAUUUUAUGAUAUUUAUUACUUUAAAGCAUUUUUGUAGCAUUUCUAUGAGAUUGUAUAUUCUAUGCUUGUACAUACACAAGUAGGUACUACAUACAUAGUGAUGUAAUACUGCACAUUUAUAUUCAUAAAAAGACAAGCAUUUCAUAUGAUAUGUACUACAUAUUUUUAAUAAUGAAAUACCCUACCUUUUUUAUUUUCUUUCUUUCUUUAUUUAUUUUUUUCUUGUAAUAUACAUACAGUGAUCCCUCGUUUAUCAUGGUUAAUGGAUACCAGAACCCCCGCGAAAGGUGAAAAACCGCGAAGUAGGAUUUGCCCCCCUAGGAAUUUUGGUGUAUGUGUAUGUGGGUACCAGAAUGUUUAAAAUAUGUAAACAGUAUUUAUACUUAACAUA